CAUCCAUGACUAUCGGGCACUACCACGCACGGGUGCUAUUAUUAGAGGGGCACUAGCCCAUCACCUCACCCAUAUAUCCCUACCUUCCACACCAAUCUUUAUGUACCUACACAACCUGAUCGCAUCAACUUUCUCUGUUCUCCAGGCUUGGCAACAUAAAGCAGGCAAAGCAGAUACACAUAUACAAGGCGAUAAACACCGUGAACCCAUUCAGCAUCCCUUUAAUAGCUCGCGAGGGUUGCGCCGUGCGGCAAACGGUGAUGGACGAUAG